AUGUUUCUAAAGUCCGUACAAAGGAGUACCAGAGGAAUCCAUACGGUACCAAAACUAGCCAACCAGGAUGCGUGGCUGAAAAAUGGGAUAAAAGGACUCUACUCUGCCCAGGGAUUUAAGGAAUCCUGGGUCGACUACCAACAAUAUCUAGUAGAUAAUCUUACCAUGAGAACUGUGGGAACCCUUAACGAAACACGCACGCCCUUUGAAAUCAUCAAGGCCACAUACAAAAAUGCAUCUGAUACAACAACCUUCCACUAUGCUUCACAAUGUUUCAACAACCAUCUGUUUUUUGAACAAGUGGCUGACUCCGGGGCCUCUGACUCGGCACCUUCACCAAAUUUAGAGUACAUUAUAAAUAAAUCAUUUGGAUCUCUAGAGGACUUGAAGGCUGAUUUUGAGGCUGAGCUUACCACACUGAAUGGUCAAGGCUGGGUUUUCUUGGUAGAGAACAACCAGAAAGAACUCGAAAUUGUUUCAUGUAUCAAUGAGGGAACGCCCUAUUUUCACAGCAGAAACCAGAAUCUGGAUCUCUCUUCGCAAAUCACUAUUGAUGAUGUCACACAACUGGAUAUCUUGUCACAAUUUGUCAAGAACGGAAACAGAGAGCCAUUCAAUAACGUUCCUUUAAUCUGUUUCAACUCAUGGCACUAUGCAUACCUACAUGACUAUGGUGUUAACGGCAAGGUUGAGUUUUUGCAAAAGUUCUGGGAUUGUCUGAACUGGAAUGUCAUCAACCAAAGACUCUUCAACCAAGCCAGCCUUUGA